GUCAACAAAGGAAGAGGGAGAGGAACGGGCUGUAGCUAAAGUUGCUAGCUAGCACAAAAAAGAGGAAGAGAGAAAUGGAGCUGUCAUAAAAUUUUAAGGAAUGUAUCUCUCAUCAAACGGUCAAAUACAGCUGAGAAAACAGCCUCGGCUCUUCACGUGCAUGGGAUGAUGACAGACCAUCAGCAGUAGGUGUUUAUGAAGUGAAGCAGCUCUUGGUCGUGCGAGGGAGCUGACUGUUAGAUUAGAUUAGCAGCUAGCAGUCUGUUAUUAGCACGCUAAUGCUAAAUGCGUUCCUCGUCGUCAGAUUUACACACACAUUCGACCCUGAUCCAUCUUUAUGAAGAAAAAAAGGGAAAUUAAACUAUUUAAAGCGAUGACGAAGGCUUUGGCGUUCACAUGAUUGACAUUUCCCAGUCACAUGGCCAGACUCUGCGGUUAGCAUCUUUCGGUCAGCAGAUAGGACCGUCCCAUCCCCUCACCUGACUGGAUGUACAAGGAUGAAGAAGAUCAGUCUGAAGACGAUCAGAAAGUCACUUAACAUAAAGGGCAAAGAAGAUGGGGAUUUCGUCAUGCUCCAGCAGCCAUCAUUAGCAGCUGAUUUCACCAAGGAUGACUCUCUCUUCGGGGGCUGUUACACCAAAGGGCUGGUAGGUUGUGAUCUUAAUGGGGAGGAUGAGAAGGGUCAUAAGAACCGAUCGAAAAGCGAGAGUCUAAUGGGCACUCUAAAGAGGAGACUGUCUAACAAACAGAAAGCGAAAGUCAAAGGAGGAUCCACAGCAGUGGGCUCUGGAGAUGAUGAUGAUACCUUCUCUUCUUCAUCAGUCCCCAUAAGCUUUAAUGAAGUCAAAGCUCAGCGGCCCUUAAGGUCCUCGUCCCUCCGAAGCCAUCAUUACAGCCCUUCUCCAUGGCCUUUCCGGCCAGUAGGCUCUGAAGAGGCUUGCAUCAAGAUGGAGGUGAAGGUCAAAGCUAUGGUCCACUCCCCCAGUCCCAGUCCCUCCCUCAAUGGAAUCAGAAAGGAGUUCCAUGACAUUCAAUUAGAAGGUCUGUUCCAGGAUCAGAGCGAAUCUUUGAAGGACAUGGAGACUCAGAGUGGCAACUUGCAUUUGAACAUUGAGGAUCACGUGCCUAUUGGACUCACACCUCAGGACUACAUCCAGUACACAAUGCCUUUAGAUGAGGGAAUGUACACCGAUUCAUCCAAGUCCUUCUGCUUGGAUGGUCCCUCGCCAAUGGAAGUGGUUGAUCAGGUCGAAUCGAACUUGUUGCAUGUGGAUCAGGGCCCGGAUGACCAUGAUCUCAUGCCAUCAGACAUUCUCAUGGAGCAGGCGGUGAACGGACAUCUUCCUGGUACUCCGGCGAUGGUCCUUUCCAACUCCAGAGCCGACACACCUUUAUUUUCUCCCUCCCUGUCACCUCUUUCCAGCAACGAUAUUUCAAGGACCCUCUCCGGGUUCAGUGGUGCAGACUCUCAUGUUGUCGAGAGAGUGAGGCACCACCUGAACUUUGACCCUAAUUCCGCUCCCGGUGUUAGCAGAGUGUACGAUUCUUUCCAAAGCAGUGGACCCAUGGUUGUAACAAGCCUUACAGAGGAACUUAAAAAACUGGCCAAGCAGGGUUGGUAUUGGGGACCUAUAACUCGAUGGGAGGCCGAGGAGAAGCUCAUCAACCUUCCAGAUGGCUCUUUUUUGGUGAGGGACAGUUCAGACGAUCGCUAUCUCCUCAGCCUGAGCUUUCGGUCACAGGGAAAGACGCUUCACACCAGGAUCGAACACUCGAAUGGCAGAUUCAGCUUUUACGAGCAGCCCGACGUAGAAGGUCACACUUCCAUUGUAGAUCUCAUAGAGCACUCUAUAAAAGACUCUGAAAAUGGCGCAUUCUGUUAUUCCAGAUCCCGUCUGCCGGGGUCUGCCAUGUACCCCGUUCGGCUGACCAAUCCUGUGUCACGGUUCAUGCAAGUGCGUUCGCUGCAAUAUCUUUGCCGCUUUGUCAUAAGACAGUAUACGCGGAUAGAUUUGAUUCAGAAACUGCCUUUACCAAACAAAAUGAAAGAUUAUUUGCAGGAGAAGCACUACUGAACAGACUGUAGUGGGAUAUGGUAGUAAAAUGCACUUUUUGUUGAGUGGCGUGUCCUUAAAACAGUUUACAUAUAUGGAGGUCAGGUGAUCAGUUGUGCAGGUUGACUAUCCGAUCUUCCCACAGAAAUAUGCGGUAAAUUUGUUGUUGCUCAGAUUCAGUGUUUUACAUUUUGCAGGUCUUUUCAGAGCAAUGUGGCAAGUCCAGAAACCAUUUAGGAUUGGGAUUCAAUGCCUAACAUAAAUAUUCCUAUUGAGUAUGAUUUGCAGUAAUGCUAACACAAAGCUAGUAGGGCUGCACGAUAAAUCAAACCCCAUUAAUCGCGAUUGUCAUGUGCAUCAGUAAAGCCAGUUCUGUGAUUAGCAGUAAAUCUCCCAUCGCCUGUUCUCAAGUGGAGCAGCGUUUGCUACACAGAGCUGUAGUUCUUUGACAAGCUAUGCAAAAUCGCGUUCAUAAUCGCAGACGAUAUAAUCAUAUGAUGGUGAAAUCGUUCGCGAUAAUGACAGCUGUUUGCGUAUCUUGAACUAUGGCACUGUGUAGUAAAUGUUGCUCCAUAUGAGAGCAUGUGAAAACCAGUGUUAAUUUUGUUAACGAAGACAACACAGAAUAUUUUUUAUGUGACUAAGAUGAGACGUUGACGAGCUAAAAAUAAUAUCUGAUGACAAAAUUAGGAUGAAAUUUAUGCAGCGUAUUCGUUAACUAGACGAGACUGGACUAUAAUGUUAUUUGAGGACUAUUGGACAUUCAAAAUGCAUCCUAUAGGCUAUUGUCUUUCAAAAUGUGUGUUCCUGUCAUUGGAUUGCAGUCUAUUCUUAGUAUGGCAGCCGCAGUGGAUGGAUAGACUAAUAAAAUGCAAAAAGUU